CUUGCAGACGGAUUUUAUCAUACUAUCAGUGAGGGCAGGCCUCGACGACAUCGUACAGGGACGCUCAUCAUUCAUCUUUGUCACCGACGUUGUUCGUGACGUCCAGCGCUUACUAUCAUCAACGACGUACCCUAAUCCUCGCCCGACGUUCCGUUCACCGCUUACACCCAUGUCCCGUACCGUGACGACUUCAGCUACUGAGCCAAGCCCCCCGUCGCCCACCCCGCUCGUCACGACCGAUUCGAAAUCUCCGCCAUCACUGAAACCCGUCGACCACGCUGCAGUCGAUGUUGCCCUAAAGAACGAACGGCCGCCGUCCGAUGAGGACUCCAGCCCGACAGUAAAGACUAUCGCCAGAUCUCCAUCGCCCGACGACUCAGCAAAAUCCAACGAUUCAGCUGAAACCCCAGCCCCAAAGGCUCCAUCAUCUCCCACAACCAUCAAUAUGGACACUUUUCGCCAGAUUCUUGAUCUUGAUGAGGAUGAAACACACGAUUUUUCUUCCUCCAUGGUUUGGGCUUACUUCACCCAAGUACGAAGUACAUUCAAGAAGAUGGACAGCGCACUACAAGCAAAAGACCUCCAAGAGCUGUCAUCUCUUGGUCACUUCCUUAAAGGCUCAUCUGGUCAGAUCGGCGUGGCCCGCGUCGAGGUCUCAUGCCAGAAGAUCCAGUAUUAUGGCAAGCUUCGUAAUGAGCACGAUGAUGGCGAUGUUUCCGAUACGCAAGCACUCGACAGGAUCACGGUUCUUUUGGCGCAAGUCAAGAGUGAUUAUGAUGCUGCCGAGUGCUGGCUCAAGAAAUGGUAUAUGGAGAGGGGCGUGGAAGGCCCACCAGCCGACGAUUAACGUUACAAGUACGCUUCUUCGUCAAGUGUUUAUCUUCCAGUACGUUCACCUUCUACAGGGGUUGGGAGAGGUACGUAGAGGUGACGGAAAGGACACCAUUACCAUUUUACCUAGGGGAAGGAAAAGGAGACGAACAUACGCUUUACAUGUACAGACGACGCCCCGACCGUUCUCGAGACGGAUUUUCAGAGGAGGGUGGGAGGAUUUUAUUGUUCUACACAUAUGCCAAACGCGGGACGAGGUCGGCAAUAAUAGUCCGGUCCAAUGACAGCGUAUUCUCCCAACUACUGCCAUAAAGCCUUUCCAGCCGAGGCUCGUUCUCAUCUUCUAUCUUGGUUUUCUUUUCCUCACUUGUCAGCUAUUGUGUUGUUGUAAUUUUCGUCCGUCAUCGCUCCUUGUCUACGACUCAUUUUAUCUGUGUGCAAAAUAUUCUGGACGCGCUAUCUACCCAGAUAGCUACAUCU